GCUCCAGAAAAGCAGAGACAUCCCCAUCAGAAAGUGCACAGCUCCAUUGCCCUAAUGACUCUCACAGGAUGAACAGGACACCGUAGUGUCUAACUGCUGUGGCUGAAGAAAGCUUUCACUGGAGCUGUAUGCAAUUGCAAAUGAUGGGUAAUGAAAUCUGUGACUCUCUGUAGAGGCUGAAGUAGUCAUGGUUGCUGGAGUGCCUGUGUAACUUUAGAAACUUGAUUUUUGGAUUGUACAAAUUCUGCUUUGUCCUGGCAUUAUUAGCUGUACUCACUGGACUGUACACCCCUGAGAGAAUCUACAAGCCCUUUGGUGUGAUGAGGAGAUCCUCUGAGUGAUCGUUUAAGGGGCUGCAAGCGGCUGCCACCUACUCAACCUGGAACUGUGGAUAAAGUGAUUGGAGGAGGCUUGGUUGUUCCUGUCCAACAUGAAGUCUUUGGGGAUCAUCUUGCUCAUUUCAGGGACUGUUACCUUCUUGUAUGCAAAUACACCAGUACGAAGUGAUUGCUUACAAGAGGAGCAAGCGUGCGUGCAAGAUCUACAGUGCAAUUCCAGUUACUAUAUUUUCCAGGACUGCUCACGUGGCAAGAUGUCUAGUUCUAGGUGUCAGAAUGCUGCUUUGGUUCUUCAGCAAACCCCUUUGUUGAACUGCAAGUGCCAGCAUCGCAUGAAAAGGGAAGAUCAUUGCUUGAAUGUCUACUGGUCCGUCCAUCCUGUACAGGAUGACUUGGUCUUUGAUGAGUCUCCUUAUGAAGAAUCAGAGUUUGAAAACAUGGUAACUUCAGAUUAUAGUCGUGUAGUUGAGAAUGAUCCCACUCUCCUAAUGGACACCAGUAAUGUCUGCUUACAACAAGCCAAUAUUUGUAGCUCCAACAACAAGUGCAGUCGCCACAAGACCUUGUAUGCAAGCCUCUGCAGCCAGCGCAAUGCUGAUGGAUCCUGUGACAGACGCAAAUGCCACCGGCACCUAAGAAACUUCUUUGACAAAGUCUCUGAGGAUUUUACUAAGCGUCUCCUCUUCUGUCCAUGUGAACACAGUUAUUGUGCAGAACGCAGAAGGCGAACUAUCGUACCUGAGUGCUCCUUUGAAGAAAAGUCCAAGAAAAAUUGUCUGCAGCUCCAACACUCCUGCGUUGCAGACAUAGUAUGCAGAUCGCAUUUGGCAGAUUUCCAGAAAAACUGCUAUCUUUUUGACAAAACCUCAGAAGACUGUCCCCCUGACAAGUAUGGUUCCUGCCUGCAGUCCUACAUUAGGAUGAUUGGAACUGUGAUGACUCCAAAUUACAUUAACAACUCUAGCAUGGAUGUGUCUCUGUGGUGCACCUGUGAUGGAAGCGGCAACCAGCGAGAAGACUGUAACAUGGUGCUUGGAAUGUUUACCAACAACAGGUGCUUCAAAAACGCCAUUGCUGCAGAGAUAAAUCGUUAUCAACCACAAGUCAUACUGCCUGUUCUCCCACAACCUAAUAUACACGUGCCUCUUAUUUCAGCACCUGUAAAGGCAAAUGAUCAAAAUAGUAUUGAAGUGGAUGGGUCGACAAAAGUGCUGAUUCAUAACAGAAAUGAAGAAUCAUAUGGAAAGAGAAAUCCAUCAUCAGGGGUAUCUUGCCCAUCCUUGGCUUUGACCCUGCUAAGUUCACCAUUACUCCUUUGGCUCUUAAAUGCAUUCUGUUCAUUGUAAAUGAUCCCAUACAAACUCACAUACAUACAUAGCACAAUGGUAUGAACUUCACAGAAAUGCUACAUUAAUGGCUUUUCAUUCAAUUCAUAAGACGAUGGGCUGACAGAGGACAUUCCUGCUUGAGAAGCCUGGUAGAACUUUGAAGAUGUCAUUUAUAAUUCAGCUUUAUUGCUGUGAUUUACUGUAGGUACGCUAAUAGACUGAUGAAAGCUGCCUGUCCAGCUUAACUUUGUAAAGAACCACCAACUGCCAUCUUUCUUCAGCUGCGGAGACUUCUGGUAAAUCGAUGGAGACAAAUAACUGCCUUUCAUCGCGGAAAAUGUAAGACUGGUGACAUCGGAUUGGGAUUGAAUAAAAGAAUGAAAUGCUUCUCACAUCAAUGUAAAAUGUUUCUCAAUACAAUGGAAAGGACUGUUGUAGUUUCAAUGUUCCAGAAACAGACAGAUCACAUUGUCAUUUAAGAAAUAACCCUUAAAGGCUUACAUAUUCAGUGUUUGUUGUAGCGUUGAAACUUGUGUAAGCUACUGCUGGUUACAGUGUGCUGUAUCCCAUGUGAUCCAAUCUACUGGCUGCAGGCCGGCCGGCCAUUUGUAUUGCUUUAGAUUUGUAGAACAAAUAUUUCACAAUGGAAGCAGGAUAGCAGUCCAGUCCUUGUCACUAUUUAUAACUGAUUGAAGUCUGAUUGGAGCAUAGACAAGUCAAUCCAAAGUGUUGACCUACGCUUGGGGCCAUGAUUACACACAAAAGUUGCUUUUCACAUUACACCCGUAUGGCUGGGAUAAGCAAAGUUAAUGUCACUAUUUUCUCUAGUCAAGGAAUGUACUUUUUAAAACUAACUUGUACGGGGUUGUGUGACAAGGAACUGGCUUCGGAAAUGCUUCUGCUGGGGGUGAAAUUACAUUAUUAGCAUAUAUUUUGCCAUUUUCUACAUUUCAAAUACAACAUUCCUGUUUAAAGCGAAAAUAUA